UAGCAGAGAAAUCGUAAAGCGCGAGGAGAGGCGAGCCCUAAUUUCCAGACCUGUUCCUCCUUUUUUUUCCAGCCGACCACCCAUAGUCUUCGACCGCGGACCAUCGAACACCAUCAGCUUCGGCGCCGGCUAACAUCACCGCCGGAUACGGGUAGGUCGUUUAUAUUUCUCUUCUUUCUAGUCGAGGCUGAUUGAGCAAAAGGAAAGAAGUUGAUGGAAAACCUAUCAAUGCAUCACAAGUCGAUUACUCGAUGAAGAUUUAUUGAAUAACUGACAAUAAUGCGAUAUUCCUGCUACUGUGUUGGUAACCUAAAAGUGAAGGUGAUAGUUGAUAGUUUGCCAUUGGUGUACGCUGUACAAAACAGUGGAGAGAACGAUGGCUCUAGCUGGAGUUCUGCGGAACAGCCUUCGCCACUUGUCAGCUCGAUGUUUUCUGCCACUUUCGCUUCCACUAUCUCGAAAAGUCUUCACUCCUCUGCCUGUUGCUCCCACCAGCGGAGUUUGCCCAACAUUUUUAUCUGAUCUGCACUGUGGUUUUUCUUUGGAAAGAUUAUUUUCUACUUCUACAGCUGGUGCAGUUUUUAGCAGCUUGACUGAUAAUCGAUACCCAAAGAGAAGGCCUGGAACAAAGCCUCGACGGAAAAGAAGCAGCCUAAAACCUCCAGGUCCGUAUGCUUGGGUUCAGUAUGUUCCUGGAGAACCAAUACCUAGAAGUCGACCCAAUGAAGGAAGUGUGCAAGGAAGGAAACGGAAGAAGCGCAUCAAGCAGAGGAAAGCGUUUAUAUUGCCUUCGGAGCCUGACCUUAAUUAGAGGUCCUCAACAGAUGUCCUCAACAGAUGGGUAUUUCUGUUGAAUGUAUGAAGUUGUUGCAGUGUUCACACAAGUCAUGGGCGAGUCAGCUGCGUGGCGAGUGCUAUGAUAUUCUGAUUUAGAUGACAUUGCAUUUUCACAUUUCCUAGAGUAAAGAUAGACAGAUAAGGAACCUCUUAUCUGUCUGACAUUAAGUGCAAACCUAUUGUUUUUUCCCAUGUAGUGUCACAAUGUCGGCAAUGUUGGCAAUUGAAUGUUUGUGAGAGUCUUU